AUGGGUCAUGAUAAAGUUCUUAAUCUGGGGCAGACGUGCAGAACAACAACUUUCAUUAACGCAUCCACCAACACCUUUUUGCACCAAAUCAUGGCACUACUGCUCUGUUUUGCACAUUUCUGCGACUUGCAUGGCCCGACUUCGAUACUGUGUUGUCAGAAAACGAAGGAGACCACACCAAACGAGUGUUCGACGUGCGCAAAUUGCCAGCUGAUCCUGCCAAAUGAUGCCACAACUCUACGAUCUAAUAUUGGCGAGCACACAUACGUGUCUUCUCAAUGUGCCGUCGGGGAGGAUGACUACUCCAAGGUUCGAAAGGCCUGUCUCAAGCUGCUGAGUAGUGAAACCACCUUCUCGGAUACUCCUCUCAUGUUUGGCGACUCAUCUGGAGCCACCAUUGGUUACGUGUUCAAGGUGAACGACAACGAGUCUCGUGGUGGGAUUCGAAAGUACGGCUUUCUCUGUCUGGGGGAAGAAAAGCGUCUGAUGGACAACUGGAUUCCCAUCACCGAGCGAUUCGAAAGCAUGGGAGGAUGGAUCAAGACACAGGUGACGAAGCAUCAGGAGAUGAAGGACAAGAGCGACUGGGCCGAUUCGUUCAGACGAGAGGCGUUUACUAAACCCAAGAAUCUCGUGAGCAUGACCAAGGACGACGAGUUCUACGUCAAGGUGCAUGCUGGUCUGAGUGAUUUACUCAACAAGGUGGCGUAG